AUGGCUCAGCAACCCCACGAUAUGAGCUACCUCGACUACAACUCGGGCUCCAACCGCUCCCCUAGCUCCUCCCGCCAACAAUAUGGCGGCGGUGCUCCUGGCUUCAACGCCGGCAUGUCGCUCCCGAGACAGGCCCAGCGCCCCUUCGAUGGACCCCUUGGUUCGUCUUCGCUCUACUCCUCCGACCGACACAAUCCCGGCUACAAUGCUAGAGGCAUGGAUACCAUCUCCGGCGCCGGUGUUCCUAGCUACAUGCUAGAAGGCAACCAGGGCUGGAACUAUGGCGCUUCUGGUGCUGCCACGGUCAACGGCGCUGUCAACGGCCCCAACAGGAGCCGCAGCGUCAAUCGCAGAGGUGCCUUGCCCCAAAACUGGACCGACCACCCCAGCAUGCCCCCCAUGCCUUCUAAUCUCCAGGCCUAUGGCGGCGGCCUCAACGGCUCCCAGCUCUCCAACGGCAGCCUUCGCGUUGACCACCCAGGCACUCACCCCUCUCCCUCUGAUCUUCGCUCCACCAGCUCCGACCCCGAUCAACUCAUCCCUACCGCUAUCGUGAUCAAGAACAUCCCCUUUGCCGUCCGGAAAGAGACUCUCGCGUCCAUUAUGCUCGAGAUGCACCUGCCUCAGCCCUACGCCUUCAACUACCACUUUGACAAUGGCGUCUUUCGCGGUCUCGCUUUCGCCAACUUCCAAUCCGCCGAAGACACCAGAGUCGUCAUUGAAGCUAUGAACGGCAUGGAUGUUCACGGCCGCAAGUUGCGUGUGGAGUACAAGAAGAUGCUCCCCGAGGCCGAGCGCGAGCGUAUUGAGCGUGAGAAGCGCGAGAGGCGUGGCCAGCUCGAGGAGCAGCACCGUGGUCCUAUGCUCCACCAGCAGAGCUCCAUUCAGUCUCUCGGUGCCAUGUCCCAGUCUCAGCAGCGGGGCAAUCCUGCUGGCUAUCUCGGUGACGUUGACUUGAAUGACCCCCAAACGCUAGACUAUUAUACCGAUCUGGCCAUGUUUCGUCGCGAUGACUCCCGCGAGAUCCUCGUCUUCCCGCCAGGCAUCGCCCCUGAACAUCGCCGCUCGAUUCAUAUCCUCGCCCAUCACAUGGGCCUCGAGCACCAGUCCAUCGGUGAAGCCGAUUCUCGCCAGCUCACCGUGCUCAAGCGCCAGCAGCCCUCCCCGACCGCCAACAUUCACAGCGCACCUGCCAACAGCCUUGAUGUCCAUAAGCGUGGCUUGAGCAGGGCCGCCACUUUUGACUUUGCUGCCGACCGAGAAUCUCGUGCUGUCAGCAACAAUUAUUCUCAUCUCACCGGCCGUCAGGGACCCACACUUGAGCUUCCCGGUAGCCCUGACGGUGUUGGCAUUCCCAAUAACCUGCGCGCCGCGAAGAGCUUCGCCGACCUGCGUUCCUUUACGCCCAGUCCAUCCCAGGCCUCAUCGAGCUAUCUGACUCCUGGUGCCGGCAUGAAUAGCAACGGUCCUGGCUCAACCGCCCGCUUCGGCGACUACAUCAGCGCUCAGCAAGCCCAUGCCGGUAACGCCUCCACCCCUGGCUCCAAGAACGACCGUGGACUGGCUAGUGGCCUGGGUGCCCUCAGCCUAGGCUCUUAUGAAUCGAACACGGUCUCUGGCCAGAACCGCAACGCCCCUGGUGCUAUUGGCAGCCAGCGACCCAGCGGUAUGAGCAACGGACCCAAGGGCGCCCCCGAGCGUCAGCCCCGUGGCCCCGAGUGGGAGGCUUCUGCCGGAUUUGGCGGUCGUGGUCGAUCCAAUGGGCACAUGCAGCGAAGCAGCGACUCGUCCGACAAUGGAGCUCGGGUUAACAACGGACCGACGAAUGCGGCUCGCUUCUAA